GAUCCGUUUCAAUAUUUAAUUUUAUUUAUAAAACUGAAAAUAAGCUAUUAACCUACAUUUUGACCUUAACAUUAACCUAGUGACGCAAUUAUAGAUGACUCUCGGGCGUAAAUACCAGCAGUCUUACGGGAAUGCUGGUGACGGUCGGAAGAUCUAUGCUAGCCAGUCGAAGGUCGGCACGCUGUCUGGCUGCUCGUCAUCGAUAUCUCUCUGCGACAUGAUAGAGCCUCCGGAUUAUGAAGAGGUGGCCGAGCGGUUGGUGGGCGCGCGCGACCCACUGGCCUACCCUCCAGCGGACAUAGAGCUGUGCGUCGCACCACGGCGCAUACGCACGCUCACACAUGUCCUACCCGAUGAAGACCUCUCGAAAGCUCCGAUGUUCGUUCGGGAUUGCAUCCGUUGCUACACAUCCGACUACACCGUGGUCGAGUACAAACAGCGAGCAUACUCGGGCUCGUCGUGCGGGCGCGAGCGGCUCGCUGAGCGGCUAGAGCGGUUACACGCCGCACCGAGGCAGCAAUACGAAGUUGACGCUGAGCCUGCCGUUGCUAAUGCUGAUGAAAUGGGAGGUCAACAGUACGAAUCUCAGCCGUCAUCGGGGCGCCAGUCAGUGGCCUCGAUGUCUUCGUCAUCAUCAUGCAACGAGACCCUAACCCCUCGCGGGUCCUGGGCCAGCCUGGACCUGCGCAGCUCAUCCUCCGACCCGCUUCUGCCUGACCUCUUCGAGCGGAAACCGCCCGAACAGUUGGAUGCCCUCAAUGAAGCUAGAAGAUUGGAAAACCGCCAAUCAGACCUGCUAGGUCUUUACACACCAUACCUCGACGAAGAAGAGGCAGUCGAGAGACGUCUAGCAGCUGAAAUGCCCUGUGAAGUCAUGGGUCAUAGAAUUAUGGUCAUUUGCCAUCAGCUCAAGCUAGAACUCGACGUGGAACCCCUCUUCGCAUCAAUGGCACUCUACGAUGCUAAAGAAAAGAAGAAACUAUCAGAAAACUUUUACUUCAACCUCAACUCAGAAUGUACGAAGCAAAUGCUCUCGCUACACAUUCCUCAUGCUGAUCUCUCGACGUUGAGCAGAAGUGCAGUGUUUGAUAUACAGAAUCCUUCCGCCGACAUCUUUCUAGUCGUCAGAGUUGAAAAAGUUCUCCAGGGAGACGUUAAUGAGUGCGUUGAACCUUAUAUAAAGGACGAUAAGAAUCGUGAGAAAGUCCGCGCUGGUGCUCAAGCGGCCUGCAGCCGUCUGGGCAAGUAUCGCAUGCCGCUGGCUUGGAGCUGCGUGUCUCUACUCAACAUCCUUAGCGGUUCCAACAGCCUGGAGAGAGAACAGUCUGAAAACACUCUGUCUGCUGGCUCCAACACUAACAGUCUUGACCGCAAGGCGUCGUCCAGCAGCCUGGAGCAGCUGCGGCGGCGCGCGGGCGAGGUGGGCGGCUCUCUCACGCGCAAGGGCUCCAUCGAGCGCCGGUCGGCGCCGCCGCACCCCGCCGACGAGGUGGCCGCGCAGCUCGACUCCUUCAAGCCCAUCGUCAUCACUGUCACCAGCUUCUUCAAGCAGGAAACAGAUAAGCUUCGUGACGAGGACCUUUACAAGUUCUUAGCAGAGAUCAAGCGUCCGAGUUCAGCGCUGAAAAAACUGAAAUGCAUACCUGGAACUCUGAAAAUCGAAGUGUCGCCCUGCCCGGACGAGAUCAAGAACGGUCUCACGCCCGAAUUGGCCAAGCUGAAUCCUUACGGAGACGACAACGUUCGCCCGUGCAAAGAGAUACUACCGUUCCCGCUGGCGCCGGCCGCCGUCGCCCACUACCAGUACCGCAGCUUGCUGUACGUGAGCGUACGCGAGAUCAACCUCAAUGGGUACGCCGCGAGGGCUGGCUCCGGCAGCGCCAGGAACAUCACAGUACGAAUCCAGCUAAUGUCAGGCGAAGACCAGGCAAUGGCGUUGCCGAACAUAUUUGGUCGCAGUUCCUGCCCUGAACACGGCACAGAGUCGUACACAACCGUCCUGUAUCACAACAAGAACCCGUCUCUCUACGACGAGAUCAAGAUCAAGCUGCCUGCAGACCUCGGCGACCAGCACCACCUGUUGUUCACGUUCAUGCAUGUCUCCUGCCAACGCAAACCCGUGGCUCCCGAGCAGGAGAAGAACGUUGAAACUCCCGUCGGGUACUCUUGGCUACCACUCUGCCGUAACGGCAAACUGACCUGCGGAGAAUUCAACCUACCAGUGAUGCAGGAGGAGCCCCCAGCGAACUACUCCUACAUAUUCCCGGACGUCCUCCUCCCUGGGACGCGAUGGAUCGACAACCAUAAACCAAUAUUCAGCAUUGCCUUAGAUGCUCAUUCUACUGUACAUCCACUGGAUGGCUACAUAGAACGAUUUUCCAUGGCAUGCGAAGCAGUGCAAGAGGGGAACAUUCCGCCCAGGAUUGGCCUGUCUAAUAUGGAAGCCGAACUUCGAGCUAGCAUAUCAGAGCUACCAACAGCCAACGUGGAAACCCUGGCCCGCUAUCUGCCAGUUUUGGCUGACAAGCUGCUGUACCUGCUGGUGGCGCCACCUACGCUCGCUGGACAGACACUCAACAUCUCUCAAGACGUGUUCACGUGUCUGGCUCAUCUCUUUACUGAGAUCACUAACUUGAACGAAGGUGCAACCUGUGACCCUCACGGCCGUAGCAGCCUCAUCUCUACCUACAUCCAAUACCAGUGCACAAUCCCGCGGCCAUCGCUCACCGAUCGCGACAUUGGACUGCCUUUGCCUCCAGCUGUAAUGAGCGACGGCUCCUGCAAGAUCCUGCAUGAAGAACUUGCCCUGCAGUGGGUUGUGGCCAGUGGAGCGACCAGAGACCUCGCGAUGCAGAACUCAUGGGCACUAUUCGAGCUAAUGAACAAGUCAAUGGUGGAGUAUCUCUACUGGAGCGGUGCCUACGAAGCCACCCGGAAAUCACGCUUCCCCGAGCAGUUCACUGACGACAUCACCACGCUUGUCAACACUGUUACUUCGGAGAUUAUUUCCAGAUACGGCAAAGAAAGUCGCCUUACCCAAAGCCUGAACAACAGCUUGGCGUUCUUCCUCUUCGACCUACUAAGCAUCAUGGACCGCGGCUACGUAUUCAACCUCAUCCGAAGCUAUUACAAGCAGAUGUGUGCCAAAAUUGCUUCGCUGCCUCAGGCCGUUCCACUCGUUCACUACAAGAUCGCGUUCCUCCGCAUAAUCUGUUCCCACGAGCACUACGUGGCGUUGAACCUGCCCGCGGGAGGCCCCUCCGGCGGUGCCGUGUCCCCCGCGCCGUCCGCGCACUCCGUGGCCUCCCACUCAAGCGCCUCGCCGCCGCACCAGCUGGGCCACGAGUUCCGCGCCAGGCACUACCUGGCCGGGCUGCUCUUGACUGAAUUGACUAACGCGUUGGAAUUGCAAAGCCCAGUCCUUCAAUGCGCAGCAGUGAACGCAGUGCUGUCUUUACUUACGGCUCACGACGCAGACCCGCGACUGGCCAACCCCGACGUCAAAGCGCGAGUGGCCGCCUUAUACCUGCCCUUGCUUGGCAUUGUCAUGGAUGCGCAGCCGCAGCUGUAUCGGGGAUUUGUCAGCAGCCGAGAAAUUCCGCCACUGGAUAGCGAAAUUAGUCAACUAGGAAACUUGUACACUACAGCAUCGCCCGAAGGGGAUUAUAAACAGAGCGGCCGGCCCCAGUUCAACAGCGAGACGAGCCGCAACCUGCUGAUGUGCCUGGUGUGGGUGCUGAAGUGGGCAGGCCGCGCGGCGCUGGCCGCCUGCGUCUCGGACCUGCCAGCGCCGAGGCUGCAGACCCUGCUGGCCCUCAUUGACGUCGCCUUCAAGUGCCAGGAGUACAAGGGCCGCAAAGAAAUAAUGAAAUGCACACAACAGAACGUGCGCAAGACAACAGACAUAAAAGCGAAACUUGAAGACGUUAUUCUGGGACAGGGAUCUGCUCGAUCCGACCUCAUCAUGCGACGAAAAGUGGGACCAUCAAACGUAGGCGGAGGCAAGCGCGAGCGCUGGCGCAAGGACUGGGUUCGCGGCGGCGGAGGGAAGGAACUGCCGACCUCACCGGCCCAUCCACUGCCUGAUCUUUCGGCUACCUUGUCAGCCGAAGUCGCUUUAACCCUUUUACACGCCAUCGAAACCAUCGUUCAGACUUGCAAUAACCUGGACAGUGGUCAGAGCGUAUGCUGCACAGCUUUGCAAGUGCUGCUGCGGGCGUUGCAGCGAAACCAGAGCACCACUGUGCUGCAGCACAUGUUCGCCUCUGUACGCGCGCUCAUACUUAAGCUGGGCUGGUCGUGCUGCGGCGAGGAGUGGGGCAUGUGCGUGGUGCUGCUGCGGCACUGCGCCGCCAACGCCAACGCCACGCGCGCGCACGCCUCGGCCACACUCUACGCGCUCAUGCGGCAGCACUACCAGCUGGGCAACAACUUCAGCCGCGUAAAGAUGCAAGUGACGAUGUCGCUGUCGUCGCUUGUGGGCACGUCCACGACAUUUAGCGAGGAGUCCUUACGCCGCGCACUCAAGACCAUUCUCAUGUACGCUGAGCACGACGCAGAUCUACAGGAUACUUCCUUCCCUGAACAGGUAAAAGAUCUCGUCUUCAAUUUGCACAUGAUCCUAUCUGAUACGGUGAAGAUGAAGGAGUUCCAAGAGGACCCUGAGAUGCUGUUAGAUCUCAUGCAUCGCAUCGCGAGGGGAUACCAGCAUAGCCCCGACUUGCGGCUGACCUGGCUAAACAACAUGGCGCAGAAGCAUAUGGAGCGGUCCAACCACGCCGAGGCCGGCAUGUGCCUGGCGCACGGCGCGGCGCUGGUGGCCGAGCAGCUGGCGCUGGGCGGGCGCGGCGCGGCGCUGCUGGAGCGCGUCACGCGCAACGCGCUGGACGAGAGCUGCGCCGACGCGCUGCACCACCACCUCACGCGCAAGGAGCUGCAGGCGUUGUUAGAGCACGCGGCAAGCGAGCUAAUGACUGCCGGCAUGUACGAGACGGUGAACGAGGUGUACAAAGUGCUGAUUCCUAUCGUCGAAGAACACAGGGACUAUAAAAAGCUGGCUAACAUACACAGCAAACUAAACGAAGCGUUCACCCGCAUUGACCAAUUGCACGGCAAGCGUGUGUUCGGCACGUACUUCCGCGUGUCCUUCUACGGAGCACGCUUCGGCGACCUUGACGGGGAGGAGUUUGUUUACAAGGAGCACGCUCUUACUAAGUUACCCGAGAUCUUUAGCCGGCUUGAAAAUUUCUAUAGCCAACGUUUCGGUCCCGAGAACGUAGUGAUAAUAAAGGACUCGAAUAUCGUUGACCUAAACACGCUCGAUCCGGACAAGGCGUACAUACAGAUCACGUACGUCGAGCCCUACUUCGAGGCCUACGAGCUGCGCAAGCGCGUCACGCAUUACGAGAGGAACUUUAAUAUUAAACGCUUCAUGUACGCGACGCCGUUCACGGCGGACGGGCGCGCGCACGGCGACAUCGGCGAGCAGUGCAAGCGCAAGACCAUCCUCACCACGGCGCACCAUUUCCCCUACCUCAAGACGCGGAUACAGGUCGUGCAACGUACGCAAAUUAUCCUGACACCAAUUGAAGUGGCUAUCGAAGAUAUUCAAAAGAAGAUUAACGAGCUAGCAGCUGCAACCAGUCAAGAGCCAGCUGAUCCCAAGAUGCUGCAAAUGGUGCUGCAGGGCUGCAUUGGCACCACCGUCAAUCAGGGACCACUCGAAUUGGCACAGGUAUUCUUAGCUCCAGUAGCAGAAGGCACACAGCCUGCCACAAGGCUUACAAACAAACUGCGAUUGGCGUUUAAAGACUUCUCGAAAAAAUGCCAAGACGCGUUGAAGAAGAACAAGAACCUCAUCCUCAGCGACCAACGCGAGUAUCAGCGGGAGCUGGAGCGCACGCUGCAGCGGUUCACCGAGCGGCUCGCCCCUCUCGUCAAGCACACCGCUUCCCACGCCGCGCAACUCAGCAAUGGCGUCGGAAAACACGACUACAAAUAUCAAGCUUAGAUGUCUUCGAUUGCUCAGAAAAGUUAAUUACAAUACUCAAUUAUGCAUUUCUUGUAUGUGUUAUAAUAUUGUCAUUCUAAGAAAAUGUGAUCUAUUCUAUUACAUUAUAUUCCUUUAAUAGGUAUCUAUAAAACUUAAUUAAAAUUACAGAAAUACACGCACCAGUACAUUUAAAGAAACAGAAAAGAAUGGAGAAUAUAAAGUAGUAACGGUUAUAUUUAAAUAAAUCAGCCCCCAUAGCAUAGCUAC